AUGUCAUCAACGAGCAGUCAAGCAAGCGUGUCUACCUCGCUCUCCCCACAACCUUCUAGCACAAACCAUUCUAACAACAACAAUGGGCCGCUGAUGGGUGGUAUUUUCACCAUGAAUGGAUCACCCACGCUUGUGGUCGCUUUUCUGGCAAUCGGGCUAUUUACGGUGACCAUGGCGGCCUUGUUCGGGUGGAAGAGGAUGCACAGGGGGAGACUCAUGGUACACCCUGUCAGGCCAGCUCCUCGCCCAGGAAAGAAACCGGUUGUGUUAGGAGAGAAACCUGCACUUUGGGAAAUGUGGACACGAAGAGAAGAGGGGGUGAUGAUCGAUACGAGAUGGGAAAAUAUCACGCCUUUUUGUGCCACGCUGUUCUGUCCAAUAGAAGAAUUGGUUUUGACAAAAAAUGUCGAGCCACGACUUCGAAAUUCUUCCCAUUCAUCUUUUACGAUGAGGUCCGCUAUCAGACAGUAUUUCCGACCCACUCCGAAUCCCACACCUCCACCUCCGCCAGAGCCUCCAGCGCAUGAACUUGAUUAUAUGUCUGAACGGCCUGGGUCAAGUGCUUUAUUGCUGACGCAGGGCUCGUCCGUUGUGAUGUCCUUCACGAUCGCUAUGCCGUCGCCUAGGAAGUGCGACACUGCUGCAAGCUCUCAAGCAUCGGAUCCAGGGUCUACGCCAGAGCUGUUCCAUGAUACGGAGUUGGGAGAGUACUGCAUAGGGUCGAUGGAGGUGUCAUGCAGUAAAGAUGGAUGA